GAGUUAAUCACCAUUAGAUGAUUUAUAUGCAAGAUAACUCGGAGUAUUCUCCAAGCACCUCCCCCCCACCCUUCCAUGGCGCAGGGAUACAGACUGUACAGUCGCUUGUAGAUUGCAUUGAAUGAGCUUGUUUGGCGUUUCCCUUGAAGCUUUGAGGCCAUCCCCACACAUUCCGUCUAACGGAAAGAUACCGCAGCAUCUUUUGUUUUCCUCCGCUGGGUAUCAAGCUGUUUCCCCUGCUGACAACCUGCAGCGGUUGGAGGACAAGGGGGACUCAGAGUUGGCCAAUGGACCAGAGUCUGCCAACACCUGAGCUCUGAAAAGAUCUGUUGCCUCCAGUUGUGGGCGAACAAAGGAGGUGAGACGAGGUUGUUCCUUCCCACAAUCCUACACCCCGGUGCCUACUGAUCCGGACCACUGCUCCUGCACUCGCUCUGCCUCUCCCUUCUCCCCACUCUCCCUCUCUCUCCCUUCUCCCCACUCUCUCACUCCUCCCCACUCUCUCACUCCUCCCCACUCUCUCACUCCUCCCCACUCUCUCACUCCUCCCCACUCUCCCCACUCUCUCACUCCUCCCCACUCUCUCACUCCUCCCCACUCUCCCCACUCUCUCACUCCUCCCCACUCUCUCACUCCUCCCCACUCUCCCCACUCUCUCACUCCUCCCCACUCUCCCUUCUCCCCACUCUCCCUUCUCUCCACUCUCUCACUCCUCCCCACUCUCCCUUCUCCCCACUCUCCCUCUCUCCUCUUGUUUCUCUCUCUCUCUGUCGCUCCACCCUGGGGCAGGCAGGCUGUGGGGCAGUAGGAGCAGGGCAGCAGUAGGGGCUGAUUGAUGCUCUGUGGGGAUGAGACCUGGCUGUUGAAGGCCAGUGGAGACGGCCCCCAUUCUCCGCUCGCCUGGCUUCAUGUGCGUGCCUGCAGGCUGCCCUACGCGCAGCAGCAGAGCCACCCCCCGUGUCAGCCACCACGGCGGCCACCCCAAACCACCCAGACAUGCCCACCGAGACCCUGACGCCACUGGCAGAUAGCAAGCCCCCCGGCCACGGGGCGGCCUUUGCCUCCACCGUCCCCCUGCGCAUACUCAACAAAGGGCCCGACUACUUCCGGCGCCAGGUGGAGCCCAACCCUAAGCGGCUGAGCGCUGUGGAGCGGCUGGAGGCGGACAAGUCGAAGUACGUCAAGAGCCAGGAGGUCAUAAACGCCAAGCAGGAGCCUGUUAAGCCCCCACUGCUGGCCAGGCCGCCUGUCUGCCCUGCCGUGGCUAAGAGAGGGGCGAAUGGGGGCAGUGGUGGUGGGGUGGACCUCAAGGUAUCCAACAAUAACUCCAAGUCAGACACAUGCACCACCACCAGCAAACGGGAGAACCUCAACCUGGAGAUCCUUAAGAACCUCCUGAACAGCUCCGGCUCGACCUCUGAGGGCCACACUAAGAGCGCUACUCUAAAGCCCGGGGCCAGGAGCUGGGCCCCCCACCGCUCUAUCCCCACCACAACGGACUGCUUUGAGCCCACCAGCCUCCGUUCCUUCUCCGAGUCCCUUAAGGUGCCUCCCCCUGUACCUGGCCGACGGAGCCCACAGGGGGGCAACGCCCAGGGGAGCAACUUGAACCUCAGCCGCCGCCUGUUGGAGGAGCGGGGUGAGGGCGAUCGUUCACCCCUCCACGCCUCCCACAGCUCCUCCGACAUCCGCAGGCUAUGCAACGGUAAGCCUCUAAGGGCGGCCCGAAGUAGCAGCAGCUCCGCACCUCCCUUACCCCCCAAACCCAGCCCCAAAGUCCUUGCCCCUCUCUGCGACAACGCCCCCCUGGCCCCUGAGAGGGAAGCCAACCCCACGCCGCCCUCCUCUGCCGCUCCAGCUGAGCAGUUGGAGCUAGAGCUGGGGAGCUCUGUGGCCCGCCGGCCGUCCCUGCAUCGCUCCAAGUCGGACCUGAGCGACCGUUACGCACGAGCCGGCGCCGACGUGGAGCGCUUCUUUAACUACUGUGGGCUGGACCCCGAGGAGCUGGAGAGUGUGGGCGUAGAGAGCUUCGCCCGUGCCAACUCCGACAUCAUCUCACUCAACUUCCGUAGCGCCAGCAUGAUCAGCUCGGACUGCGACCAAUCACGGCACAGCAACGAGGACAUGACGGACGAGGAGGAAGAUGCGAGCGAACGCGUGCCUUACGGGAUCUCGGCCGUAGAACGCAACGCCCGCGUCAUCAAAUGGCUGUACAGUAUCAAACAGGCACGCGAGUCGCAGAAAGUAUCUCAUGUCUAAAAGGGAGGGAAGAAACAAACAAAAAAAUAUAUAUACUACCGAUGCAAUGAAGGUCUUUGGACACUUGCGCACUGAAUCUCUAUGAAUGUCAAAGUAUUGAUCUAGCAAGGCACCCGUGGAUGGCUCUUGCGGUCGCUUUCGCGUUCAGUGUUUGUUGUCCUCUGAAUCUGCAUGACUCCUUUCACCCAACCCGCCAGUGCGGCCUCCAGCUAAAGCAGCAGGUUUAGGAAAAAAUAGCCUUUUUCAAGAUGGCUGCCGUUCAGUGCCGUCUCUUCGAGCAGCGCAGCUCUCUCAUCGUUUUGCUUUCUCUGUUUAGACCAGCAUUAUGAUGCCAGCUCUUUUUAGGUGUGUCUUCUUAAUGUCCUUUCGUUCUGAACAACACUAAGCCUGGAAGCCAUACGGGUGUGAAUGCAGCGCUUCAGUGUGUAACCAGUCUUUAGUCUGAUAAUUCUCUCUGAUGCAUCUGAGCUUUGUGUGUGGAAAAAAACUCCCCUGAAAAAAGGACUGUGGAAGCAUGGUACAGUCCAAACCUGCGUCACCCCUUUGGUACCAGGAGAGUUUGUUUGGUACAUUCCAGACCCAGACCCUGGGGAAACCCCAGCUUAACCCCUCUCUCAGCAUUACUAUGGCGAUAACAUUCAGGCAGCAUCAUGAAACCAUUCAGCAUUACGUGGUUUUUGCAUCUGUUUAGUUUGCUGUCCAUAAUGUUCUUAUUGACAGUUGGAUUUUGUGGUACUGGCUUUUCUUUAAGAUGUGUGUAAAUGCUGUAAGAAAAUGUAUAUACAUAUUUUUUUUUUUUUUGAUUUUUGUCAGAGGGGGCCUGUCAAGCUAACUUCCUACAUUGUUCAGUCUUCUCUCUGGGCUUGACUGUGAGACUGCGUCAAACCCUUUUCAUCAUCAAAUGUGUAUGACGUUGUUAUGAUGACAUACAUGGUUCAGUAUAUGGGAGUUGGAACUGUUACAGUACUUAAAAAUUAAGGCAAUUAAUUGUUUUCAAUGUUAGUUAUUUUGCAUUAUUUUAAUAAAUGUCUUGUUUUGCCAUCUACGUUGAAAAAUGUGAGUUAUUUCAUUAAAAUUAUAUUUGAUGAGGAAA